GCUGGGUGUGGGGAACAAGGACAUUUUUUGUUUGUCUUUAAAAUAAUUGAUUAUAUAUUUGACAUUUUAUAAUAUUCCUUAUUUAAUUAUUUAUGACAUUUUGAAAACAGUUUAGAGGGACUUGUUUUCUGCUGGCUCUGUAUAGGACCGUCCGCUUGGUCAUGUGACCAGUCUCCAGUCAUUGAUAUACCCCUUGGAGUCCCAGGGCCCCAGAGCUCACUCUAUAACAAGGGCCCCAAUAACCUAUUGAGAAUACUGCGGCAGAAGGGCUUCUGGGUACCAGGGAACAUGUUUGACUGCCAGCAGUGCCCCCACUAUACCCAUGUCCAGGCAAUGGAAGCAGGAAGUGAAAAAACUGAGAUACACGAGCAGCUGAUCCGAGCGGGUCCAUCUCUGGUGAUGUAGGGAGCAGCUGUGUGUACAGUAACCGCAUUAUUUGUAUAGAUUGGUACGGCACAGCAAACCCAGCAGCCGCCAUAUGGAUUUUAUAUUGUGCAAUAUAGUGUGAAUCACCAUAAAGAUGCUUUAUAGAGAAUGUUCACUGAGCUUUGAACUUCUAGCUUCACAAGAAGUCAGGAGAUAUCAUGAGACAUAUAUUGUGAGGUUUGGACCUCCAGUUAAUCUUACCAUGAGCUUCUAUUCAGUCAUAUGGAUAACACUGCUCCCAAGCCUCUGCCGGCAACAGCUAACCAGCGAAUAUGUUCAUCUGAACAAUGGAGGAGGCCAAGGUAAAUGCACCUACACGUUUGUGGUGCCACACCAGAAAAUCACCGGAGCCGUUUGCGUUAGCACUGCCAAGUUUCCAGAAGCUUUUGGAGUGAACAGAAGUGAAGUCGAAGAGUUAAAACAGGAGCUUAGUCGUCAACAAAACGAGAUUGAGAAGAUCAAAAGGUUGGUGGAUGUGGACCAUGAGGUGGCCAAUGAGAUGGACCAUCUCCAAAGAGAGAACAGGAAUAUGGGGUCGCGUCUCAGUCAUCUGCAUAUGCAGUUCCUACACGAAGUUCUUCAGAAAAAGAACGACUCGAAAGAAUUAUUUCAGGGACCGGAUAAAGCGGUCAAUACCACCGCAGAAGUCCUCACCUUGGCUUCUAAGUACCAAGAUCUCCAGGAGAAAUAUAACUUCCUAACAUCACUGAUCAACAACCAGAGUCUUAUCAUUGCACGUUUAGAGGAGCAAUGUCUACAAAGUAUCGGUAAACGCCAAGGUGACCAAGUGCCAUCCUAUUCACAUUUACCUAGUGGAACCUUCAGCAACUCUUCAGAAGGUAAAAAAAAACAGAAUCGCGAUACACACGGGGAGCAGAUAGAUGGGACAUCAAACAGGAAGGAAAUACUCCCGACACAAGCCGUCAAGACAACCUCCACAGCCCCGGUUGAUAAAGCGGAGUCCUCCAAAUCAGAAGGGCCAUGGGCGGACUGCUAUGAAGCCUUUUUAGCCGGUCAGAAGUCCAGUGCUAUCUAUCUGCUAAAACCACGUAACAGUAGCCAAAUCAUGCAGGCCUGGUGUGACCAAGAGAACCACGAAGGCGGGUGGACGGUAAUCCAAAGACGACAGGAUGGCUCUACCAACUUCUUUAAAACUUGGCAUAACUACAAACACGGAUUUGGUAACUUGGACAACGAGUAUUGGUUGGGUCUUGAGAACAUUUACUGGUUGACCAAACAAGGAAGCUACAAACUUCUUAUCCUCAUGGAUGACUGGCAAGGUAGACAGGUCAGUGCUGAGUAUGACCAGUUUCGUGUGGAACCCGAGAGCGACUUCUACCGCUUGCGCCUGGGGCAAUACAGUGGUACGGCUGGAGACUCCCUUUCCUGGCACAAUGAUAAACAGUUUAGCACCUUGGACAAAGAUCGGGAUUCAUACUCAGGUAACUGUGCUCAUUUCCAGAAGGGUGGCUGGUGGUAUAACAUGUGUGCCCACUCCAACCUGAACGGGGUAUGGUACCGUGGUGGUCAUUACCGAAGCCGCUAUCAGGAUGGAGUCUACUGGGCUGAGUUCCGUGGUGGAGCGUACUCUCUGAAGAAGGUCGUCAUGCUUAUAAAACCCGACAAACAGUGACCACUUUGGAACCUACGUAAGAAAUACCAGUCCAUCAAGUUUAACCCUUCAUUUCCUUACCAUGAAGGAAGAAAAAAACAAAACGUUCUUGACUCCUCUGUGCCUUUAGUCUACUCUUCGGGUCACAGAUAAUGGUGGGAUCAUUCUACCGGUUUUGGAGAAUAUCCAAUUGAAUCUGGAGGUUCUGCCCUACCAAUACUGUUUUUGUUAGAAUGUUCUUGACUGUUCUUACCAUAAAGAAUCCCAUUUUAUAUUAGGAGAUAGUUCUAUGGUUAGAUUGGAACAAAAAAGACUCCAUCGAGUUUAACUGUUACCAUCUUGCCGUGUUGAUCCAGAAGAAGAGAAAAACUGAUGUAAAUGUUCACCUGUAGGGGGGGUAAAAAAAAAUUUUUUUCUGACUGCAAAUAUUAAAAAUCCAUUCUCCUGGAUCUAUAAUACAUAUUAACACUUUACUACAAAUGAUGAAUUAUAUUAUGAAACCCCUUCUAGAAAUCUUUUAAUGUGCCCAUUAUCACAUCGCCCUCCAUAGUCAUACUGCUCUUACAGUGAAGAAUGCUUUCCUGAGUAAUAUGGGAACUCCCAUAUUUUGUCCACCAGCCCAAGUAUAAAAAAUAUCUUGGAGAUACAUAACACUAUGCAGGGCCGGCUCUGCCUAACAACACUCCUCAUAGAGGAUACAAAUACCUACGGGAACAUGAGGCGCUGCCAUCUCCUCAUAAUUUUUCUUGUUUUGUAUGUGAUGGUUAUUCAAUUAAAACAU